AUGGCAGACGGCGACGUGUCCGGAACUGCUUUAACCAAUCAUGAUGCUCCCCCGGGAACUGUUCUUCUUAUCAAAGAUAAUGAUAGAGAUGAGACUCAGGGGCGACGAGGUAUUGUUCUGAGUCCAUUUCCAUCCAGCGACCCUAACGAGCCAUUGAAUUGGAGCACUGCACGCAAGGCAUGCAAUUUCACCCUCGUACUAGCAGUAACCUGUCUUAUUUUCACAGCACUCUCCAUCCAACAGAUAUUCUGGCAGUUGAUGGUGGUCGACUUAGACGUUACUUACGCACAGUUAAACAAUGCUAUGUCGGUUAACUUCGUUGGACUCGCAAUGGGAUGUGUAUUUUUCAUUCCCUUUGCGAAGAAGUUUGGCCGACGACCAGUGUACUUAAUCUCCACGGCACUCAUGCUGGUUACCUCCUUCUGGGGAGCAGAGAUUAAAACCCUCGCGGAGCUAUAUAUCACCAACCUCCUACAGGGCCUCGCUGGAGCAACGAAUGAGGCUAUUGCUCAGAUCACUAUUGCAGACCUCUUCUUUGUGCAUCACCGGGGCGGAAUGAAUGCGUUGUACAUGACUAUGAUGAUGGUUGGAAGCUUUCUCACCCCUAUGGCCGCUGGGGCUCAGGCGACAAGACAGGGUUGGCGAUGGUCCUACCGUACCAUGGGCAUCUUCAAUGCGGUUAUCUUUGUACUUUUUCUCGUCUUUUACGAGGAGUCAAAGUAUACUCCGACGAUCGAAGGUGUCACACCCCCCGCUAGGCCUGUGAAUGGAGUGCAUCAAAUUUCUGGUGACGAGCCUAGCAACAAAUCACUUAUCAAAAGCGCUACGAGAGCUGAGGAGCAAAGCGUCAGUGGCCCUCCAUUAGAUCACACGAUCCCUAUGAAGACAUGGACUCAGAGACUGUCAUUGGUAACCUAUACACCGGAGCCCAUCUGGCCUUAUUUCUAUCGCCCCAUCAAGAUCCUUUUUACAUUUCCGGCGGUCCUCUGCUGUGGUCUGCAAUAUGCAUGCGGAGUGAUAUGGCUUACAAUCCUGUCGAGUGUGCUCGCUCUUGUAUUCCCCCUUCCUCCAUAUGAGUUCACCCCCGAGCAAAUCGGUUAUAUGAGUGUUGGACCCUUCAUCGGCAACUUGAUCGGCUCGUUUUACGGUGGCUUCCUUGGGGACUGGUCGAUUAAGUACUUUUCUCGACGAAAUUCCGGAUACUACGAGCCAGAGAUGCGCCUGUAUAUUCUACACCUCCCGGCAGUGGCUUUGUGCGGCGGUCUCAUUAUGUUUGGAGUAACCAUUGACAGGGGUAUGCACUGGAUCUUACCCAGUAUCGGAGGAGCACUCUUUGGGUUCGGCCUCGGCAGCAUCAGUGAUGCAUGUCUAACUUUAGUUAUCGAUAGUUAUAUGGAGAUAACAGGCGAUGCGUUCACGGGUGUGGCCUUCCUUCGCAAUGCUUUUAGCAUUGGCAUACCAUUUGCCAUCAGCCCUUGGAUGGAACAAAGCGGCUUGACGAAGAUGUUUGUCGCCUGUGGGUUUAUCAGCCUGGGAGUCACAAUGACAUUGUUGGGCAUGAUCAUGUAUGGAAAGCGUAUUCGACGCGCGACCGCGAAGCGAUAUUAUCAGAUGUCUGGUAGAAAUGGUUGACUUGUGGGCCAUAGGGCAUUGAUUGCAGCGGAUGUUAUUGAGGUGCGGUUGCGAGAAUGGUGACAUCUUUAUAUUGAGAAGAAUAUAAGCAUAAGGAUUUGCGUAUUACCGUCGGAAUUAGUAUAUUGAGAACUAAUUUCACUACAUAGGGACAGUUAGGCGAUGGACACUCUGAAUACGCUCUUCUCCUCCUAUUUGGCGUUGCUAUAUGUAAGAGCAUUUCGAAAAACUACGAAAAUUAGAACCCUUAG